AUGCUGGCCAACAAGGGGCCUUCCAAGUGGAGGAGACAGAAAGCGAUUAAAAAGGUGUGCAUACUCUCUCCACAGACGCGUAUUUCGUUAAGAGAGGAAAGUUACCCAGUUUGGGUACUGGGCCGAGAUGUUCACGCUUCGUACCAAGUCCCACCGCCUCUUAUCAGCUUAGCCUUUUCCCCGCUCAUAAACACGAGUCUGAACCGCAAGAUCGUUUUUGGAAGUGUAUGGUUGCCAACAUGGGAGCUGGCAGAGGAUAUCGCAAACACAAGAUUUCCGAGGGUCGACUGCGGGACGGAAACUAAUAAAGGCACCCAAGACACCAACUGA